UAGUCUUGUGUGUGCUUUCGUGGGGUUUUAGAAGCCUGCCCCAAACUACAGCUGUUAGUUGGAUAGAGGACUAUAGGUGGAGAUGUUGACUGCGGGGUUCCUCUACCAGGUGUGGGGGGCGAUGCCUGUGAUGUCGUCUGUGUAAAGGAAGAGGUUUCCUUCAGCAAGCGUCUCCAUGGGGAAGCGCUAUUUCUGUGACUACUGCAACCGCUCUUUCCAGGACAACCUCCACAACAGGAAGAAGCACCUAAAUGGGGUUCAGCACCUCCGGGCCAAGAAGGUCUGGUACGAUCUGUUUCGAGAUAAUGCAACCAUCCUGCAGGAGGAGCAGAGUAAGAAGCCGUGUCGGGAAUUCCUGCUGUCGGGACGGUGUGAUUUCGGCCCCAACUGCAGGUUCUCCCACAUGACGGAGGAAGAUCUGGAGCAGCUGAAUGCUCAUGUGCAAGAAGAGAGGAGGGCGAAAGAGCAGCGGCAGGACAAGGCAGUCGUCACGCCUGGCACCAUUGAUGAGUGGCUGGAGAAGAGAGCCAAGCGGCUUGGCACAGCUCAGACCGACAGUCCCCUCUCCGAGGAAGAGUCAGUUUUCCAGUAUCCACCUGGUUGGCCUUCGGUCCAGGAUCUUCCACCUUCCCUGCAGGCUCCGCCACCUGGUGGAUGGCAGGUCCCUCCCAAUCUCCAAUGGGGAUGACUGUGCUGACACAACCAGGACGCCCUUCGGAACACCAGGCGGGUAUCCCUUAUGCUUUUGCUCCCAGUGUUGCGGAGGAAAUACAACAGGAACAGGGAACCUGCGGGCCUCCAGGUGUUGAACUACAGUUCCCAUCCUCCCCAGACGGUGGCCGUGUUGGUUGGUGCUGAUUGGCGCUGGAAUCUUGGGGCGGCGCCACAUCCUUCCCAUCCCUGAUAUAGGAUGUACAUGUAUAUCCUUUCAGCUUUCCUGGUUAUUGACAGGUGUCCUGCUGCUCAAGUUCAUGCAUAUAUAAUGCGGAAAAUGCAAAGGAGAAUCAAAACGAAGUGGACCUAAUUUAACGUAAUGGUUUGAUGAGAAA